GAAGCCGAGAGAAGGACUGGCCAAAAUUGGCUCCUUCUGAGAAGUGGAAGUUCGCGCAUGUGCACUGGCCCUCAGCCAAGCAAAGAGCAGUGGGUUCUUCCAUUUAUGCUCAGAGAUUUACGGGUUACGUUGUGCAUCGUUUUCCUGGCUCUUGUACCAGAUGCAUGCUAUUCUGUAAAUUGGGAAAGCGAGGCCUAGGAGUCGGAAGCAAUUAUCCUAGGAUACCAAAAAAUUGAAGCAAGUAGUUCGGCAAACCUCAGCGCGGUGAGAGCCAAGCACAAGGCCACUGCCAGCCAGUACACGUGCGUAGCUCCGCCCCUCUUUUGGCGAAGCAACUAGGCCAGACCCUUCCCGCGACCUGUAGCGCGGCAGAGCAUGCGCGGAAGGUUGGUGGGCAGUGCGUCGCUAUGGAACCAGACGGGACCUAUGAGCCGGGCUUCGUGGGUAUUCGAUUCUGCCAGGAAUGUAACAACAUGCUGUACCCCAAGGAAGACAAGGAGAACCGAAUUCUACUCUACGCGUGCCGUAAUUGUGAUUACCAGCAGGAAGCCGACAACAGCUGCAUCUACGUCAACAAAAUCACGCACGAAGUGGACGAACUGACCCAGAUCAUCGCUGAUGUGUCCCAGGACCCCACCUUGCCUCGGACCGAGGACCACCCGUGCCAGAAGUGUGGCCACAAGGAGGCGGUGUUCUUUCAGUCACACAGUGCCCGGGCUGAGGACGCCAUGCGCCUGUACUACGUAUGCACGGCCCCACACUGCGGCCAUCGCUGGACUGAGUGACUCCCCCAUCCCUCGUGUUUAAUAAAUGCCACGUUCAGUGCGCCA